AUGCUGCGGGAGACGGUGGAUGUCGGUCCUUUGCCAACCACACUCACAGAGUUUGAAAAAGUCUAUACGAAGACAUCUGAGGGCUGUUCUGGAUUCUUGGAAAGACUACUCGCCCAUAAAAAUCAACAGAAUCGUCCAACCUUGACUUUCCCCAUAUAUAUCCAACCAGAUCUCACCACAUCACGAGAAGAAAAGGUAGAAUGGAUCAUGUCUCUGGAUGAUAUCAAUCACCCUACACCUACCGUGCUAGCUUGCGAAAUUCACGAUCGUGAGGAGACUAAACAGUACAUUGGAAUGCCUCCAAAUCAAGAUGAAAUGAAAGGUCCGAUACAGGAUAUCCAGCGGGUGAUGAAUAAAGUACUUCCUGGGGUCAUACGAGACAUGAGUAAUACCGAAGGCCUCACGCCAAUAUAUCGAUAUAUUCAAGGUUUGUCUUUAAAAGACAAUGCUGAGAGCUUCGGUCGCGAGAAGAACUCUGGGCACAGCGAAAUGGCUACGCCGCUCGCUAUCUACUCCUGGGAACUUGGAGUCCAUCUUCCCUCUCUAUUGAUGGAGCGUCUUCUUGCCACUCAUCAGUUAGAACUUGCUCUGGAGAUGGCCAGGCUUAUGUAUGAUCACAGCCGGACAGUGAAAGGAGAUCUGGCAGGGGCGCACUGGAUUUUCCCACCGUUUCAGGACGGCACAACGCUAAAGGGAGCUGAUAUUACCGUACCCCCAAGCGCAAGCAUCCACGCAUCAGCCCGUGCGAAUCCGGCAGCGUAUGUAAAACGUAUUGCCUUGAAAUAUAUUGAAAUUCUGGUCGGGCUGGGGGACCAGCAUUUCCGCCAAAGCACUCUUGAAAGUAUCCCCCUAGCCCUGGAAAGGUAUAUUGAAGCAUCGGAAGCAUUUAGUACACUCUCAGCUUCUAUUCAAAACCAGAAAUCUUCAGAGGUACAUAAAAUCAAGGGGAUACUGACAUAUCGCGGGAUCGAAGAACAAAGAAAACAUCGACCAGAGUUUCCCGAAGGCUUAGGGUUCUACAAGGCCAAGGAUACCUUCCGUGAUUCACUACAAAAUCUUGUACAGGAUCGGCUUUACAAAAUCAGGAACGGGCUGGACAUUAACGGCCGGAGGCAAAGGCUCCCACUCUUUGCUCCACCUAUGGACCCUGGAGCCUUAACCCAGGCCAAGGCAGCCCCCGGCGGAAUUGCCGGCUUGCUAUCUAGUCUCGAGAGCCCGAUGCCAAACUAUCGAUUUGAUUAUCUGAUUCGUCACGCCUUUGAGCUUGUGAGCGAACUCCGUAGCCUUGAACAGCAAUUCCUUACUAUAAAAGAGAAAAAGGAUGUUGAAGGGCUGGCAUUACUCCGAUCUCGCCAUCAAUGUACUGUCCUAGCACUGAUCAAAAAGGUCAAGGAGCACGAGAAACAAGAGGCACUCAAGGCCAUUGAUGUCAUUAGUGCAGCGCGCACGCAGCAGGAAAAAGCGAUGGAAUAUUACCUCCAACUCACUGCCGAUAAAGAUAGAACUAAAAUACCUAGUAUUGGCGAAUCAUGGAAGGGCGUGCCACAACAGAUUCACACGAUCAAAGGGGAUAUUCCAAUGUCUCCCUUCGAGAAGGAAGAAUUGGAUAAGGCAGAUACCGCAUCCAACCUCUACCUAGCGGCGGGUGUGGCCAGUGCAGUUGGUGCUGUGAUGGCCGCUAUACCUAACUUUGGGGCGAAGGUACAACCGAUGGGUGCAGGAGUCGAUACUACUACAGGGGGAGGUAACUUUUCCAGAGUCAGCCACUUUCAGACAGGCGCUCUGGAGAUCGCAGCGCGUCGCAUGCAGGAGGAGGCUGCGCAGGCUGGACGGAAGGGUGCGUUGAGCCGUGCUCUUCAAGAACGCCGACAGGCCACGAACAAUCUUGGCUGGGAACUGAUGCGACUUGACAAAGAAAGCCAGCCAGCCAAGGGGCUGACAGACUAUUGGGAGCAAUCCCCUGAUGGGCAACUAGCUGGGGAAGCUUUGUACCUGGACCUCAAGCGCAUGGAGAUGCUUCACAUGGAGAAUCGUACUCAUGAUUUUGAGAUUACGAAAAACGUUUCUAUUCGGCAUCUCGAUCCAUGUGCCCUCCUUCAGUUACGUGAACAAGGCACAGCUGAUUUCGAUUUACCUGAGGUUAUAUUCGAUAUGGACUUUCCAGGCCACUACUGCCGGCGGAUCGCGUCUGUGGCGGUAUCUAUUCCUUGUAUUCUGGGUGCCUACACAUCACUCAACUGCACCCUGAGGCUGCUGGGCCAUAGAUAUCGAAUUGCACCAACUGGCAACCAAAGCGCCUUCUACGAGGAAAAGGAUGAAAACAAAUUCCAUAGUGACAGUAUCCCCAUAGAUGCUAUAGCCGUCAGCAACGGGCUGCAUGACACUGGAACCUUCACACUGGAUUUCAAUGGACAACCACGUUACGGACCUUUUGAGGGUGCUGGGGCCAUCUCCAAGUGGCGCCUUGCGUUCCCUUCACCAUUCCGACAAUUUGACUAUCAUACUAUCACAGACGUUAUUAUUCACCUCCGCUAUACCGCUGUUGAUGGUGGACAGCAAUUUGCUAGGAUGGCUGCAGGUGCAGUAAAACAAUGGGUUACCAAGCCAAAAGGAUCGGCCUUUGCAAUUGACCUUAAGAACGAGUAUCCAAAUCAGUGGCGAUGUCUAGCCCGUGAAGGUAAGAUGGAUCUUCCGGUCGAGGUUGGUGAAGAGACGAUCACAGCGACUCAUAAGGAGAGACUUUUGAAGGAAUACGGGCACUUUGAAGGGGAAGAUAUGCCCAAGGCCUUUGCAUCAUCAUCGUCAUGGAGCAUCAAUGGGUUUAAGGACAAUUCAUUUACCCAAGGGUGGCUCUUAGUGCAGUUUACCUCAUGAAGCCCUACAUAGUAGACUCACCACUACUCACAUGCAGAGUAGUCUCUAGGGCUGCUCGUCUAUUGGUAUGUCUUAAAUAUAUUUCUAUCUCGCAUCAUUUCUAUGUAGAUACCCUACG